CUAUUUGCUUUUGACUGACGUGCCUGAAAUGGUUUCGGUUUUUGAUGGCAUUUAUUGUAUGCAAUAUGGUGACCCGUUUGCUGGUGACUUAUUCAUGGCAAAUACCGCUCUACCUUAUUAUUCUAUAGAGAAUGCUCUUAAUAAUCUGUUCAUGGAAACUCAUUUAAAUUAUCAACAUUGUAUGUUGACUAUUGGUUCUAAUACUGUUGCAAUUUUUAAGACUUGUGAAGGAACCUUUAAAGUAUUUGAUUCUCAUUCAAGAGAUUUAUAUGGGAUUCCACACCCUUUUGGAAAAUGCAUGUUAGCAUCUGUUGAUAGUAUAGAAAGCCUGGUGAUAUAUUUCCAGAGUACUGUACCUCCAGGUAAUGAAACACCCUUUGAAGUUAAAGGAGUAACUGUUCAGUUAAAUUGUGAUAUAACACAAGUAAGUGGACUUGCUUCAAGUGAAAUUGCAAAAGAGCAUGUAAAACAAAAAUGUUCAGAAGAAACUGAGAGUCAGAAACAAAGCAGACUGGAAAAUGCUAGAAAGUAUAAAAAGCAAAGCAAACAGCAGAGACUGAAACUGAGAGGCAAACUAGACUUGAAAAUGCUAGGGAGUAUCGAAAAGCUAAACGAGCUUCAGAAACUGAGACUGAGAAACAAACUAGACUUGAAAAUGCUUGGGAGUAUCAAAAAACAAAACAAGCUUUACAAACUGAGGAUGAGAAACAAACUAGACUUAAAAAUGCCAGGGAGUAUCGAAAAGCAAAACAAGCUUCAGAAACUGCACAUGAGAAACAAACUAGACUUGAAAAUGCUAGUGAGUAUCGAAAAGCAAAACAAGCUUCAGAAACUGAAAAUGUUAGAAAUUAUGAAAAAAGAAAACGAGGAUAGGAAACUGAGAUUGAAAAGCAAACUAUAG